AUGUUGCUCAGAAAUAGGGAGGUGGGCGCAGAACAAGAUGUUUGCCGCCUAGGGCUGGGUAUCUGUACGGAUUUGCAUUGUCCAAAUGUCCCGGGAGUGGACAGGAUCAACGUGAAAAUUAGCACAAAUCCCGAGCAAUUCCUCCGUUCCUGCCUCAAGACAUUCGACCUGCCAGCUCGAUUUCAGCUUAGAACGUCUCUAAACGCUCUAAAAGUACCACCAGUCAGGGAGCCAGAAAACCGGCUCUGGAUGCCACAAGAGUUGACAAACGACGCGGAUUUUCACCCGUCUAGACAAGAAAAAAUGGUCAUGGCUUCAUCCGCGGUACUGGAGCGGUGGUCUUCCUUGGUUUCAGUCUUCGGAGGGCUUAAAGAUUACCCUGUGCUAUGGGCGCGGACAACUCGUGACAUCAAUCCUCAGGCAGGGAGGAGUACGUUUCAAAGGACUCUUAACGCCUCAACCAAACACUCUGAACAAACAUUAACAAUCACCCUAGACCUCUUAAUUUCAGAAAAAUUCGCCAUGUCCGCCAAAAACCAUCCCCCGGCUCUCCGCUUACCGCCAGAAGUUCUAGGAAACAUCAUGGAAAGAGUAGUCGCUGGCGGAAUGAACCCUUUCCACCUUAGUCAUGUAUGCCACUACUGGAGAGAGGUGAUAAAUAGGAUAAAAAAUAUGUGGAAUCAUAUUCAAAUCAAGACUGCGCGACCAUCAAGUAAAGCAGUCAAACCGACACUAGAACACAUGAUAGCCCUACUAGAGAGAUCAAAAGGUGGCCCAAUCACGGUGGAUAUUGACUAUAUUCCGUUGGAGGAAAUAUGUAGGGUGUUGGAGAUCAUUGCUAAUUACUCGGUCGAUAUCGCUAGUCUUAGUCUGGGCAUCCCUACUGAGGACGAUUACUCAAAUCUUGUUCAAACACUCGAUGGCCUUUCCUUCCCUAUCCUCAAAAACUUGGCCUUUGGACAGAUCGCUCAAAAGGACCAGGUACUUCGGAGUGCCCUGAGUUUACUUUCACGCACUGUCGAAGAAGGUUUAGAGUUACGAAUAUUCUCAUUUCCUAAUGCAAUCAUAGAGACGAUUGGACAGGAUAGUAUCGCACCACGCCUGAAAAGCCUGCAUCUGGAUUUCGACGAGGCCGAUGGAACAGUCUUUCUAGAACGGCAUUUGGACCCUAUGCUCUUUCCCACUCUGGAGAAAGUCUUUUGUGCGGGUUUCGUCCCCAUCCUCGACUAUAUCUCCGCUUCCACCAUUAUUGACCUGGAAGUCGAGGCGUUCUCUUGCGAGGUGAUGGAAUGGAAACGGUUCCAUUUUCACUAUCUGCCGUCCUCGGUGGAGCGGCUAACCCUAUCAUUCGUGGAAUUACAAACUCCGCUCCUGCUCAAGACGUGA